AUGUUUGUGGAGUCAGUGGUCCGAUGGGGGGCGUGGAGCGUCCUGCUCCAGUUUGGACUGGGUGUAUAUGCAGGGAGCUGUCCUCCACGUUGUAUGUGCCGACCUGAGUCUAAAGACGUGAUCUGCUCUGGCAAACACUUGAACUCGGUCCCGGAGGGCUUUCCCAGUGAUGCCAGGCGUUUGGAUUUAUCCCACAAUAAGAUUAAGACUGUUGGGCGCCGGCAGUUCUCUGGACUUCAGCAGCUUCAGGAGCUGGAUCUCAGUGAUAAUCUGAUCUCCAUGAUUGAGGUGGAGGCUUUCCAAGGCCUGCAGAAUCUCAGGACACUUCGGAUUAAGAAUAACCGACUCAAGAUCAUCCCAGUUGGGGUGUUUUCUGGCUUGUCCGGUCUGCGCUUCCUGGAUUUGAGCCAGAAUGAGAUUCUGGUCUUUCUGGACUACACCUUCAAAGAAAUGGGGAACCUGCAGACGCUGGAAGCGGAGGAGAAUGACUUGGUGUUCAUCUCCCAGCGGGCUUUCUUUGGUCUGCAGAACCUGCAGGAGCUCAACAUUGACCGCAGUAACCUCACCUCGGUUCCCUCUGAGGCGCUGUCCCAGCUUCAGAAUCUCAUUCGUCUCCGUAUGCUCCGCCUGACCAUUGCAACACUGCCCAACAACGCUUUCAGGCGACUCCACAGACUACGCAGCCUUGUGAUCGCAAACUGGCCGGCGUUGGACACCAUAGCCAGCAACAGUCUGAUUGGUCUGAAUCUGACCACCCUUGUUAUCAGCAGCUGCAAUCUAAGCACUGUUCCGUACUCAGCACUGCGUCACCUUGUGUACCUGCGCUUCCUGGACUUAUCCUACAACCCCAUCACUGUCAUCCAAGGGAAUCUGCUCGGAGACCUCCUGAGACUCCAGGAGUUACACCUUGCAGGUGGGAGCCUGCUGCGAAUCGAGCCAGGGGCCUUUAGGGGACUAGCUUACUUCCGUAUGCUGAAUGUGACAUCCAAUCAGCUCACUACUUUGGAGGAGAGCGCCUUCCACUCGGUUGGGAACCUUCAGGUGUUGCGGUUAGAUGGGAAUCCCCUCGCAUGUGACUGCCGCCUCCUUUGGGUUGUCCGCCGCAGACUGCGUUUGAACUUUGACGGACACCAGCCCACGUGUUCAUCACCUGACACAGUGAGGCAGCGUGAGUUCAGAGACUUCUCCGAGAAGGAGCUCCCGAGGUUGUUCACCUGCCGUCCUGCUCGUAUCAUGGACCGCAGGCCUCAGGAGGCGAGAGUAGAGGAGGGCACCACAGUUCUCUUUUCCUGUAAGGCUGAGGGGGAUCCAGCUCCAGACAUCACCUGGAUUUCAUCCCACAGAAACGUGGUUACUCCAACGGGACGGAUCAGAGUUUUACAAAAUGGCACGCUAGAGGUGCGUUUUGCUCAGGUCCAGGACAGCGGCACGUAUCAGUGUCUGGCGGGGAAUGCAGCAGGCAAUGACAGCCUGAGUGCAGGUCUAUAUGUGAAGGGGCUCCCUCGUAACAGAACCGCGUCUUUCCUCGCCGAAGAGGCCUGGGCCGAGCCUUCAAAUCCCCAAGCGGCUAACUCUUCAGCUCAAAUGGCCAAGCCGUACCCCUUUGACGCAAAGACCCUGAUUAUUGCCACCACCAUGGGCUUCCUGUCGUUCCUCAGCUCUGUGGCCAUAUGUUUCGUCUUCAUGUUCUUCUGGAGUCAGAGCAAAGGACAGAUUAAACAUACCGCAACUAUUGACUUUGUUCCUCGCUCCUCCAUGGGUGGAGGAGGGGAUGGAGGUGAUGGUGGCCGGUUCACCAUGAAGCUUAUUUAA